AUGGCUAAAGGCGGAGACAGCUCGGUUGCAAUGAGCGUAACCGGCUACCUACUUUCCUUCAUCCUUAGUAACUACCGCAGUAUAAUAUUAAGCGAUAUUGUAAAAGAGUGUUUUAUACAGAGUAUACAAACAAGUAAACAACAAAAAAAGAAAACAAAAACAUACAACAGUAAGGGUUCGCUAGUGGUCACCCACCUAACUACUAACUUACCGGCGUGUGGCUUAAGUACGGCUGAGCGGACGGGAAGCCCUGUUCUCCACACCCUAUGGUCGUAUGUACCUGUUCUUCCGUUGAAGGAAAUUAUAGGUCUUAUGCAUUCCAAUUAA